UUUAUUAAACGAAGAAGUAUUUUUACCGUCGCGUUCUUAUGACGUCAUCCAUCUUCACGUGUAGUGUGUGAACCAUCACAACAUUUCGCUUGUUUUUUACCCAAAGCCAGGAAUAAACUCUUUCCUUUCAGAGUCCGACACACACAGGGAACACCAUGUCCUCCAGCUGUCGAAGACCUGAACACACAGCUCCUCCAGAAGUGUUCUACAAUGAAGACGAGGCAAAGAAAUACUCCCAAAACUCUCGAAUGAUUGAGAUCCAGACUCAGAUGUCAGAGAGAGCUGUGGAGCUUUUAAACCUGCCAGAAGGACAGCCAUGCUUCCUACUGGAUGUGGGAUGUGGCUCUGGUCUCAGUGGAGACUACCUGACAGAGGACGGACACCACUGGAUUGGAGUCGACAUCAGCACCGCAAUGCUUGAUGUUGCACUGGACAGAGAAGUAGAAGGAGAUCUUUUAUUAGGGGACAUGGGACAGGGGAUGCCUUUCCGACCCGGCACCUUUGAUGGUUGUAUCAGUAUCUCUGCCCUGCAGUGGCUCUGUAAUGCUGACAAGAAAACGCACAGUCCUCCAAAGAGACUCUAUGCCUUCUUUAGUACUCUCUACUCUUCCCUGUCACGAGGUUCACGUGCAGUUUUCCAGCUUUACCCAGAGAACUCAGAACAGCUGGAGCUGAUCACGACACAGGCCAUGAAGGCGGGCUUCGGUGGAGGCAUGGUGGUGGAUUACCCCAACAGCAGCAAGGCUAAGAAGUUCUUCUUGUGUCUGUUUGCUGGUUUCACAGGAGCCUUACCUAAAGGGUUGGGAUCAGAAACGUCAGACAGAGCUGUUUCAAACCAGGUCCAGUUUUCAGGACAAAGAUGCCGGUUCAAGAACAUGAAGGGGAAAUCAGGAAAGAAGGGGCGAGAUUGGAUCAUGGAGAAGAAAGAGCGGAGAAGAAGACAAGGACGGGAGGUUCGAGCCGACACAAAAUACACCGGACGUCAGAGAAGACCUCAUUUCUAGCUGUGACUCAUGCAGAACUGCUUUCAUUAGCUCUCUCUUCUGCACACAAUCAGCCCUGAAAGAGCACAGUGUUUGGACCUGGUUCAUUUCUCAACUCUUUAAUUCAAGUCAAUGAGAUGCACAAAGAGGAAAAUCAUUAUGGCCAAUUAUUUUAUAUUUCAGUCGAGUCUUUGAUGAUUUGUUUCUCACAAAUGGUGGUGAGAUUUCCCUCUCCAUGUUGAUGCUGGCCUGAAGAUACAUGGACAGAUCACUGACUCAACACAGCAGGAACACAAUAGAAUUAAACAAGUUUUAUGAAUUAUCA